CCUCUGAUACGAUGGCAAAUCAAUUGCAAAGAGUGAAAGCUCGAAUGAAGAUGUCCAUGCCAGACCCGGAAAGUGUGCAGCAAUAUAACAAACAUUUCAUCCCUCUCGAAUCAAAUCCAGACGUCUUCACCGAGCUUGCGCAUAAGCUCGGGUUAUCCACUUCAUUGGGCUUCCAAGAUGUGCUCUCUAUAGACGACCCGGAGCUACUUGGCUUUCUUUCACGUCCAGCCCUCGCAUUGAUCCUGGUGUUUCCGACAACAGAGGCGUAUGAGAAGAGAGCUCAGGAUGAGGAUGCCAAGCUCGAGGAGUUCCACAGCUCUGGCGAUGUUGUAUUCUUCAAACAGACCAUCAACAAUGCAUGCGGUCUUUAUGCAAUCUUGCAUGCUAUCUCUAAUGGCGAAGCGCGGCAGAAGAUCGAUGAGGUCUCGAUCAUCGCUCAAUUACUGGAUGCCAGUCUAGCGCCUGAUAUAGACGGAUUGGCUCAGGCAUUAGAGGAAAACAAGGCGUUGGAAGUUGCAUAUGCUGGCGUAGCAAGCAAAGGCGAUACUGAGGCGCCUCUGAAUGCGGAAGACGAGGUGGAAUACCACUAUAUCGCUUUUGCCAAAUCGUCCAAAGACAACCAUCUAUACCAACUCGACGGCGACCGCAAGUGUCCUCUAGAUCUUGGGGCGCUCACAGCAGACGAAGACGUUCUCUCUGAGAGAUGUCUCAGCGUCAUUCGUGGUAUGAUGGCAAGAGAGGACGAGAAUCUCAACUUCAGUUUGAUGGCUCUGACAGAGCAUGCAGAGAUGUAGGUAGCCAAGGAGUCACACUCUUCGUAGGAUUUCUCCGAAGAGCGAGGAAGUGUGAACUAUGAAGGACCUUUUUAUUUGUUCUUGCAACGAACUUCGUCAGACGAAGAAUGCACGUACUUCAGUACAGCCGCAUACACCACAGCUAAGCAAGACGCAAAGAUGUGGGAUGCUCCCCGAAGGGACUUGUAAAAGUGUCGGAGACUCAAGUGGCUGGUGUGCGGGUUGCGUCCUAUGAUGAUGAUGUAUACGAAGCUAGCAUGACAUGCAUUUGUACCA